AUGGCGGCUGGCCGCCCCCCUCCUGGGGCCCCGUCGAGCGCUCAACACGACGAUCUGCUGCUCGACUUCGGCAACGAACAACCAUACUAUGGCGGGGGACAAAGGUCGACCCUAAACGACGACGAUCUCUUGCGACUACACAGCGAUGAUGCGCAAGGCGCCGCGCAACCUCGCCCGUCCGUAUCCUACGAUGACUUCGUCGGCUCCGGGCAAACAACACAACCAACAGCUACAAGACCUAUACAGUCUGCGCCGGGCGCGACAGGCGGCGGAGGCCCAAUAAGUCCAUACCCUGAUAGCAGGUCGCUGGACCGGCAUUUCAGCCAAACGUCGGAUCUCGGAAACUACCAACGCUAUGCCGAGGACUCUGACGACUACCCUGACGAGAGUACCACGUCCUACUACCAACAUGGCGGAGCUAUCCCUCCGGACUCGGCGGCAGCCCGCGACAGCGCGCGCGCACGAAAUAGCGUCCUGAGCAUGGGUGGCGGUUUGAUCGGUCGUGCCAAGAACAUGCUUGGAAUGGGCCCUGAGGGAUACUCGGAGAUGGACCUUCCCUUGACGGAUCCGCGAGCGACCGCACGGGUAGACCACUCUCACGAGCCUCCUCCUCCCCAGAAGCCAGCCAAGAAGUUCGAUUUCAAGUUUGGGUUUGGAGGCGGAAAGCCGGAUCCAGCAACCCUUGGGCCCCGUAUCAUCCAUCUCAACAACCCUCCCGCCAACAGCCUGAACAAGUAUGUCGACAACCACGUCUCGACCGCCAAGUACAAUUUUGCGACUUUCUUGCCCAAGUUCCUCUUCGAGCAGUUCUCCAAGUUCGCCAAUAUCUUCUUCUUAUUUACCGCCGGUUUGCAGCAGAUUCCCGGCCUGUCUCCCACAAACAGAUAUACUACAAUUGGUCCUCUAGCUGUUGUGCUCUUGGUUUCGGCGGGUAAAGAGAUGGUCGAAGAUUAUCGGAGAAAACAGGCAGAUAAGGCGCUCAAUAUGUCCAAAGCCCGGAUCCUGAGGGGUUCGACAUUCGAGGAAACGAAAUGGAUCAACGUCUCGGUUGGAGACAUCAUUCGAGUCGAAUCUGAGGAGUCCUUCCCCGCCGAUCUUGUUCUCUUGGCGAGUUCCGAGCCUGAGGGUCUUUGCUAUAUCGAAACCGCCAAUCUCGACGGAGAGACCAACCUCAAGAUUAAGCAAGCUCUGCCAGAAACGUCAUCUAUGGUCAGCUCCAGCGAGUUGAGUCGUCUGGGAGGCAGGAUUCGCUCCGAGCAGCCCAACAGCAGUCUUUACACUUACGAAGCGACCUUGACCAUGCAGGCUGGAGGUGGGGAGAAGGAGCUUCCUCUAAACCCCGAGCAGUUGCUUCUCCGUGGUGCUACUCUGCGCAACACCCCUUGGGUCCACGGUGUCGUUGUCUUCACUGGCCACGAGACCAAGCUGAUGCGCAACGCCACGGCCGCGCCGAUUAAGCGCACCAAGGUCGAGAGGCAGCUGAACACGCUCGUACUCUUCCUCGUCGGUAUCCUUUUGAUCUUCAGCGUGGUAUCUACUGUCGGUGAUCUCAUCCAACGAAAGGUGGAGGGCGAGGAAGGUCUCGCUUAUCUCUUCUUGGAUCCUAUGAACGGUGCCUCGGCUGUUGCUCGCAUCUUCAUCAAGGACAUGGUCACAUACUGGGUUUUGUUUUCCGCUCUCGUUCCCAUUUCGCUCUUCGUCACCAUUGAAAUGGUCAAGUAUUGGCACGGCAUUCUCAUUAACGACGACCUUGAUAUGUAUUAUGACGUUAAUGACACCCCUGCCAAUUGCCGAACUUCCAGUCUGGUUGAGGAAUUGGGCAUGGUUGAGUUCGUCUUUUCAGACAAGACUGGCACCUUGACCUGCAACAUGAUGGAAUAUAGGCAAUGCUCGAUCGCUGGAAUCAUGUACGCCGACAAGGUGCCCGAGGAUAGAAUCCCGAGUGGUGAGGACGGAGAGGAUGGAAUCCACGACUUCAAGCAACUACAGAAGAAUCUCGAGAGCCACCAAUCUGCGCAGGUCAUUGACCAAUUUCUCACCCUUCUCGCCAUCUGCCAUACUGUCAUUCCGGAACAGGCUGAAGACGGAAGCAUCAAGUACCAAGCCGCGUCACCAGAUGAGGGAGCGCUUGUCGAUGGCGCGGUACAGUUGGGCUACAGGUUUGUCGCUCGCAAGCCGCGCGCUGUUAUCAUCGAAGCCAACGGCCAGCAGCUUGAGUACGAGCUCUUGGCGGUCUGCGAAUUCAACUCAACCAGAAAGAGAAUGUCCACGAUUUAUCGUUGCCCUGACGGCAAGGUUCGUUGCUACUGCAAGGGCGCAGACACCGUCAUCCUGGAAAGGCUCAAUGACCAGAACCCCCACGUCGACGCCACCCUGCGACAUCUUGAGGAAUAUGCUUCUGAGGGACUACGCACGCUCUGCUUGGCCAUGAGGGAAAUCCCGGAGCACGAAUUCCAGGAGUGGAUGAAGGUUUACGAGACGGCGCAGACGACCAUUGGUGGUAAUCGUGCAGAUGAGCUGGACAAGGCUGCCGAACUCAUCGAGCACGACUUCUACCUUCUUGGUGCCACCGCUAUCGAGGAUCGCUUGCAGGACGGUGUGCCCGAGACCAUUCACACCCUCCAGGAAGCUGGCAUCAAGGUUUGGGUCUUGACCGGUGACAGACAAGAGACCGCCAUCAACAUUGGCAUGAGUUGCAAGUUGCUUAGUGAGGACAUGAUGCUGCUCAUUGUCAACGAAGAGAGUGCGGAAGCUACGCGGGAUAAUCUUCAGAAGAAGCUCGAUGCCAUCCGCAACCAGGGCGAUGCCACCAUUGAGAUGGAGACCCUGGCUCUCGUUAUUGACGGCAAAUCGUUAACGUACGCUCUGGAGAAGGACAUGGAGAAGCUCUUCCUUGAUCUUGCCAUCAUGUGCAAGGCCGUUAUCUGCUGCCGUGUUUCCCCUCUGCAAAAGGCCCUGGUCGUCAAGUUGGUCAAGAAGUAUCAAAAGGAGUCGAUUCUCCUCGCUAUUGGCGACGGAGCCAACGAUGUCUCUAUGAUUCAGGCUGCCCAUAUUGGUGUCGGUAUCAGCGGUAUGGAAGGUCUACAAGCUGCGCGCAGUGCCGAUGUGUCUAUUGCCCAGUUCCGUUACCUCCGCAAGUUGCUUCUCGUCCAUGGCGCCUGGAGCUACCAUCGUGUGUCGAAGACCAUUUUGUUCUCUUUCUAUAAGAACAUUUGCCUUUAUCUGACACAGUUUUGGUACACCUUCCAAAACGUCUUUUCCGGUGAAGUCAUCUACGAAUCCUGGACUCUCUCCUUCUACAACGUCUUUUUUACAGUCCUUCCGCCGCUCGCCCUUGGUAUCCUCGAUCAGUUCGUCUCUGCCCGCCUGCUCGACCGCUACCCGCAGCUCUACAACCUCGGCCAGCGCAACACCUUCUUCAAGAUCCGUGUCUUCGGCGAAUGGAUUAUCAACGCCGUCUACCACUCCAUCAUUCUCUAUGUAGGCGGCUGUCUCUUCUGGCUCAACGACGGGCCUCAAGGCGACGGUUUCCCCGGCGGCAAGUGGGUCUGGGGUACAGCCAUGUAUGGUGCCGUCCUUCUUACCGUCCUCGGCAAAGCCGCGCUGGUGACCAACAACUGGACCAAGUACCACGUCAUCGCCAUCCCCGGUUCCAUGGCUUUCUGGAUCUUAUUCGUGGCAGUCUAUGGCGAGGUGGCGCCCAAGCUGAACAUCAGUGUUGAGUACUUUGGCGUCAUCCCCAGGCUGUUCACGAGCCCGAUCUUCUGGAUCCAGAUGCCUACGCUGGCAAUCCUCUGUUUGCUCAGAGAUUUUGCGUGGAAGUUUAGCAAGCGGCUGUGGAGACCGGAGGCGUAUCAUCACGUGCAGGAGAUUCAGAAGUAUAACAUUCAGGAUUAUAGGCCUCGUAUGGAACAAUUCCAAAAAGCCAUCCGCAAAGUCCGCCAGGUCCAGCGCAUGCGCAAGCAACGCGGUUAUGCCUUUUCGCAGGCCGACGAGUCGCAGACCCGCGUGCUCCAGGCCUACGAUACAACACAGCAUCGUGGUCGGUAUGGCGAGAUGGCCAGUUCAAGACCGAAUCAGUAA